GGGACGAAAACUCGAUGUCAUGGAAAUCGCAAGGAUCCACAGAUAUUACAAAACCUAUCAUUUUGGGCCACGAUGGCUGCUAUACCAAUAUCUACUGACGGACGCUAAAUUGAGGAAUAUGCUUGAUUUGGGUCCGUUCUGCGGAACCAUUACGUUUAUAACUGGACUCAUGAUCUUGAUCCUCCUCCUCUAUUCAUACAUGAAUGAAAAAGCGACCAAUUCGAAUGAGAAGGAUUUUCAAGAGCUUCAAAAGGAAACAAAUAAGAAAAUUCCCCGGAAAAAAAGCGUGGCGGACAUCAGGCCGAUCUACAAUUGUAUUCAUAAGCACCUCCAGCAGACCGACGUGUUUCAAGAGAAGACGAAGAAAAUGCUUUGCAAGGAACGUUUGGAAUUGGAGAUUCUGUGCAGUAAAAUCAAUUGCAUCAACAAGCUGUUAAGGCCUGAGGCGCAGACCGAAUGGCGGCGGAGCAAGUUACGAAAAGUGUAUUAUCGUCCUAUUAACUCUGCCGCGUCGAAAUAA